UUCAGGCAGUGACYAAGAUGAUCCUUCUCCUGUGUCUUGUGGUGUUUUCCUGCUGCAGCGCGAGCUCAGCUCAGGCUCCAAACAACAAAGAUUCUUUCACUGGAGAGGAUUUUGUGUUACUAAAWGCAAAAGUUGAAGCUCUGGAAAACAUGCUCCAAAAAGRAAGCAAGAAGGUGAUCUUUAGUGCGUCAACAGGAGAAGAUGGAUCCAUUGGUCCUUUUGACACAAACACAACUUUAACCUACAGAAAAGUUUUAACAGACAUUGGAGGAGCUUACAAUUCAUCCACAGGUAUCUUCACAGCACCAGUUGCAGGUGUCUAUUACUUCAGCUUCUUCUACCACGCUGGAGGAGACAAUAACUCGAAGCUCUUCCUCUACAAGAAUGAGCAGGUGAUGGUCAUGGCCCAGGAUCACCCGUCUGACUCUGACACKGCUGAUAACGGAGGAAACGCUGUGUURCUGGAGCUCCAAGAAGGUGACCGGGUGUACGUCCAAAUGGAAGAAGAUACCCACAUAUGGGGAUCAAACUACCACACAACUUUUAAUGGUUUUUUGGUAACUCAAAUGUAAAUAAAAGAAGCUUGAAAUAAUAA